CGCACGACUGCGCCAUAUACAUUCACUGACUCGAACGUCGAACACCGAGCCGAAGAAUAUCUCGUUCUUAUACAAAGACCAACCUCGCUUCCGCCUUUGGGCGUAGAGCACCACAGUCCCCAAUGGCCUCCGAGCCCUUUCAGCUUACAACGCCCUUAUCCUUCUCCAGUGUUUUUUCACCGGUGGUAAAUAGCCUAUCUAAUUAUGCUCAACCACUGAUAUCACCUGCCGACAACGACCCAACGGAGUCUGGCGGUACUGGUUCUGCCCUACCGAAAUCAAUCCUCAUUGCGGCCGGACUGGCGACGGUGUUUGCGACGGUGGUGUCGACAAUGUCUGUGUUUCUUCACCUGAAGAACUAUAGGAAGCCUAUAUUGCAACGAAUGGUCAUUCGAAUAAUGAUCAUGGUACCGCUCUAUGGCAUCUCCUCGCUUAUCUCACUCUUCUCACUUGAGGCUGCAUUCUUCAUCGAUGUGAUCCGUGAUAUCUACGAGGCAUUCGUCAUAUACUGUUUCUUCAAUCUCCUGUUAUCUUACCUGGGCGGUGAAAGAUCUCUCCUCAUCCUUGUACAUGGCCGGGCGCCAAAGUCGCCCCCUAUCCCCUUCAAUAUUUUCAAGCGCGAGUUCGACGUCAGUGAUCCUUACACAUUCCUCUUCCUUAAGCGGGGCAUUCUUCAAUACGUGCAGGUGAAACCACUACUAGCCGUCGCCACUCUGAUUCUCAAGGUUGUUGGGAAAUACAAUGAGGGUGACUUCCGCGUCGACUCGGGUUACCUCUAUAUCAGUAUCAUUUACAACACGAGUAUCUGUCUCAGCUUGUACUGUCUUGCCAUGUUCUGGCUCUGCAUCUCCGAGGACCUCAAACCAUUCCGUCCGAUGCCCAAAUUCCUCUGCGUCAAAGGCAUCCUGUUCUUCUCCUUCUGGCAGUCCAUCGUCGUCUCCCUCCUCGUCUCUGCCGGUGCCAUCCGCCGUCUCGGUCCCUAUACCGACAACGAACACAUCUCUCUUGGUCUCACCGACACGCUCAUCUGCCUCGAGAUGCCCCUCUUCGCUUUGGCGCACAUGUACGCCUUCUCGCACACGGAUUAUAUCGAUUCGAAGAAGAGGGUGAGUUAUGUUGGGAGGAUGCCGGUGUGGUAUGCGCUCAGGGAUGCGUUUGGGAUCAAGGAUGUAGUGGAGGAUUCGAAGGCCACGUUAAGAGGUGAGGGGAUGGAUUACAGGGAGUUUGAGCCGAGUGAGGGGUUCAUGCAUCAGGGUGAGGGGAGGGAGAGGAGGAUCAAGGCGGGGUUGAGGUAUAGCAAAGGUGGGAGAGGGAAAUAUUGGUUACCGUUGCCUAAUGGCGGGACUGGGCUUGGAGAAGGGACGAGGGCGGCACCGACGAGGUGGCAGAGAGGGAUCAAUAAUGUGGUGAAGAGGGUUGCCGGGGAUGAUCAGGCUGAAGAGGUGCACGCACCGUUGCUUGAUCCGGAUAUUGAGGAUGUUUUGCAUGUGGCGGAGGAUUUGAGGCCGGCGAGACGAGGUGCGGAUCCAGCGGAGGGGUUGGAGUUGGAGUUUGAAGAUGUGGGAGAGGGUGAAGAGGGUGAAGACGAGGAGAGGCUAUACGAAGAGGCGAAACAGUAUCUCUUCGGGGACUAUUGUUAUCCGUGUAUCGACGCGAGUUCAGAGGAGGCGAGGAGAAGGAUGUGGGAUGAGGAAGAGAGGAUAUUGAGGGAUGAGAGGAGUGCGUGGUUCCAUGGACGACCGGGGUCUAUUCCUCCACCACGUGGACAGGCGAGCAGGAGUAGGGGGACUUAUGGCGCUGUGGGUACGUCCUCGAGGUCGGAGCUGCCGACGAGGGAGAGGGGGGAUUAUAGGGUGGUGGAUAUGGGAGCGGAGAGCCUCCCGUCACCGCAGACGGAUGUCAAGCUCAAGUGGACGAGAUCGCCCCCGCUACAAUCGCAGUCGAGAUCAUACGCCUCCUCCACUCCCGCCUCGCCCCAACGGGCCCUUCGACCUCCACCGACGACCCGCACGCAAUCUUUCUCGCAAUUGAACCGUUCAUCACCAGCCCCUUCACCACGCCACUCACCUCGUCCCAUCUCGAAGUCGAAUUCAACAUCAAGCUCUACGUCUGGAAGCCUCGACUCACGUGGAUUAGCCAAAGCAAGAGUGACACCUCCAGGUCAAUCACCUCGACCAGACGCAGUCGAUCUAGUCGUAGAAGACGAUGAAGCUGCUGAAGAAGACAUGAUGAACGAACGUCGACGUGGAGAACCCGCCGUCCGCGGUAGUGGACUCCGGAAAGUCUACCGACGUCGAUACCUCGCCGCCUCGGGGGACGAAGUUGAAGAGGACGUGGAGGGUGAGGAUUACGAAGAUCAUGACAAUAGCCCAGGUGUGCAGAGGGAGUGGGGAAGGGAGAGUAAGCAGGAAUUGGAGGAGGAGGAUGAAAGGAGAGGGCCGAAGGACGAGGGUGAGGUGGAGAGGCUGGAGGAGGAUGCGACGGUGGCGAGGGCGUCGUUACCGCCGCCGCAUGCGAGGUUGGAUGUGGGUGGACAUGGAGCGGGUGGGGCGUUGGAUAGGUGGGACGAAGAGAAUCCCUGGGCUUGAUCCCGGCCCUCACUUUUCUACUGGUUCAACGUGCUAUGCGUGGGUGGUGCCAGUCAAGAAGUAUCGACGAUUUUCGCUCUGAGUGGGUUGUCUAGGGAUAGAAAGCGCGUAUGUUAUUGUCUCAAUGCUUUGGUUACACACGGUGGAUUGAUUUGCAAGUCUCGCUAUCUUGAUGUACAGUAUCGUAUCAAUUCAUGUAUUCGCUGGACUGGGUUUCGCAAUUUAUUUACGACCGUU